AUGAAAUAUUAUCAAUGUUUGUACUGCAAUGUUAAAGUGCCAAAAGAAAAUUUUGAUUUUUUAAAACAUUCAUGCUUUGCGAACAUAAAUAUUGAAACGGAAAAUAUUUUUGUUAAUGAGAACAACUGUUUAUUUAAAGGGAGACUAGAUGAUGAAGAGCCAACAUUAGGCGAAAAUAAUAAUGUUGAUGAGUUUAAAGUAUCUAAGAAGAAAAAACCCAGAAAUAAAGCAAAUAAAACUUGGAGUGACGUUGACGAGGUGCUGAUAAAUGCUGUGAUGAAGAAACCAUGUUUGUGGAAUCAUACCAUUUUUGUGAAGCUUAGAAGUCCACUAAUUGUAAAAGAAGCAUGGCUGGAAGUAGCAAAAGAAUUAGAUGGUAAUAUUGAUUUUAAUUAAAAAAAUUUUUUAUUA